AUGUAUCAGCAGUGGGUUGUAAUUCCCCACCAACAGGAAGCCAUGUCAAGCCCCUCUCUUUUCGAACCGGAAACAGAGACACCGACACCACCCAACAACCUCAUCCCCUCCCUCCCAGACGACGUCGCUUUGAACUGCAUAGCACGCAUCCCUCGCUGCCACCACCCAACCCUAUCCCUCGUUUCCAAACCCAUCCGCACCCUCCUCUCUUCCCCUCUCUUAUUCACCACCCGCUCGCUCCUCAACUGCACGCAAUCCCUCCUCUACCUCACUCUCCGCUCACGCGCCUCCUCCCUUCAGUGGUUCACGCUCCACCGCACAGUCCCUAGCCCCCUCCUCGCGCCCCUCCCCCCGAUUCCCUCCCCAGCCGUGGGCUCCGCUUACGCCGUCCUCGGCUCCACCAUCUACGUCCUCGGCGGCUCCAUCAACGACGUCCCCUCUCCCCACGUCUGGCUCCUUGACUGCCGCUUCCACCGCUGGCUCCCGGGCCCUCCCAUGCGCGUCGCCCGCGAGUUCGCUGCCGCGGGAGUUCUCGACGGAAAGAUCUACGUCAUCGGCGGCUGCGUCGCCGACACGUGGGCCCGCUCAGCCAAUUGGGCGGAGGUCCUGGACCCGGACGCGGGGCGCUGGGAGAGGGUGGCCAGUCCCGCUGAAGUCCGGGAGAAAUGGAUGCAUGCCAGCGCUGUCGUCGGCGACAGGGUGUACGCGAUGGCGGAUCGCGGCGGCAUCGUGUACGAGCCGCGCAGCGGAUCGUGGGAGAGCGUGGGCGGUGAAUUGGAUAACGGGUGGAGGGGGAGGGCGUGCGUGGUGGAGGGGAUUUUGUACUGCUACGACUAUUUGGGAAAAAUCAAAGGGUUCGACGUCGGGCGCGGUGUGUGGGAGGAGUUGAAGGGGUUGGAGAAGGGUUUGCCCAGGUUCCUGUGUGGGGCCACCAUGGCUGAUUUGGGUGGGAAAUUGUGUGUGGUGUGGGAGUGCCAAGGGAAUGGGAAAGAUAUGGAGAUUUGGUGCGCUGAGAUUGGAGUGAAGAAGAAUUCAAACGGGGAAUUGAGGGGUCAACUUGGAUGGAUUGGGAAGGUUCUCUCUGUUCCCAAAGGCUCUUCAGUUGUGCAUUUAUCUUCUGUUGCCUUGUGA